CGACUCCUCUUCCUUUCGCGCCGGUAGCCGAAGAAUCGAGCGUCCAUGUGCGCAGCGCCCGGGACUUCAUAGACCGCUGAGCCCAACGAAACCGAGCCAUACCGACACCCUGCCAUGGAUUUCAACACUUUGAUCGAGGCCCUUCGGGGCACCAUGGACGCAAAUUUGCGUGAGGCAGCAGAGAGACAACUGAACGAGGGCCACCCCCAGGUGAACUUUGCGUCUACGCUACUGCAAAUAACCAUGUCCGACCAGCUGGAUAUGAACGUACGACAGGCAGGUGUGAUCUACCUGAAGAACAUGGUGACACAGCACUGGAAUGAGGGGGAUAAUGCAACCACCGAAGUACCUACCAGUAACAUCCCAGAACCGGACAGGCAGUUCAUUCGAGACCACAUAGUGGAGGCCAUCAUCCAGUCCCCAGCCGAGCGCAUCAGAGUGCAACUCACAACCUGCAUUCAUCACAUGAUCAAGCACGACUACCCUAAUAGAUGGACGGCUAUCGUGGACAAGAUCGGCUUUUACCUGCAGUCUAACAAUAGCGGCUGCUGGCUGGGCAUUCUGCUGUGUCUCUACCAGCUGGUGAAGAAUUAUGAGUAUAAGAAGCCAGAGGAACGUCAGCCGCUGGUAGCUGCCAUGCAGAUCUUCAUGCCCAUGUUGAAGGACCGUUUCAUUCAACUACUUCCAGAUCCCUCCAGCGAUUCGGUCCUGGUGCAAAAACAGAUCUUUAAGAUCCUCUAUGCUCUCUUCCAGUACAACCUACCACUUGAGCUGAUCAAUCGCCAGAAUCUGACCGAGUGGAUGGAGAUCCUCAAGACUGUUGUGGACAGAGAUGUACCUCCCGAGACCCUGCAGGUGGAUGAAGAUGAGAGACCCGAGCUGCCCUGGUGGAAAUGUAAGAAGUGGGCACUCCACAUCCUCGCCCGGCUCUUCGAGAGGUACGGCAGCCCUGGCAACACAACCAAAGAGUACACGGAGUUUGCCGAGCUUUUCCUCAAGGGUUACGCCGUGGCUGCACAGCAGGUGCUGUUGAAGGUCUUGUAUCAGUAUAAGGAAAAGCAAUAUGUGGCUCCCAGAGUUUUACAGCAGACGCUGAAUUACAUCAACCAGGGAAUCGCACACGCCGUUACUUGGAAAAACCUAAAGCCACACAUCCAGGGAAUCAUUCAGGAUGUGGUGUUCCCCCUCAUGUGCUACACAGACAGUGAUGAAGAGCUCUGGCAGGAAGACCCAUACGAGUACAUCCGCAUGAAAUUCGAUGUGUUUGAAGACUUCAUCUCCCCAACCACUGCGGCUCAGACGCUGCUCUUCACCUCGUGCAGCAAAAGGAAGGAGGUGCUGCAGAAGACCAUGGGUUUCUGUUAUCAGAUCCUCACAGAACCUGCUUCAGACCCACGGAAAAAAGACGGCGCUCUUCAUAUGAUCGGCUCGCUUGCUGAAAUUCUUCUCAAGAGAAAGAUCUACAAAGACCAGAUGGAGUACAUGUUGCAGAAUCAUGUCUUCCCUUUGUUCCGCAAUGAGCUGGGUUACAUGAGAGCCAGGGCCUGCUGGGUGUUACAUUACUUCUGUGAGGUGAAGUUUAAGAACGACCAGAACCUGCAGACGGCCCUGGAGCUCACACGCAACUGUCUGAUAAAUGACAAUGAGAUGCCGGUUAAAGUGGAGGCUGCCAUCGCCCUGCAGGUGCUCAUCAGUAAUCAGGAAAAAGCCAAAGAUCACAUCACACCCCACAUCCGGCCAGUUAUGCAAGCCCUCCUCCAGAUCGUGCGAGAGACCGAGAAUGAUGACCUCACCAACGUCAUUCAGAAGAUGAUAUGCGAGUACAGCGAGGAAGUCACCCCCAUCGCAGUGGAGAUGACCCAGCAUUUGGCCAUGACCUUCAACCAGGUGAUCCAGACGGGUCCUGAUGAGGAAGGUGGUGAUGAUAAAGCAGUGACCGCCAUGGGCAUCCUCAACACCAUCGACACACUGUUGAGUGUGGUGGAGGACCAUAAAGAAAUCACGCAGCAGUUAGAAGGGAUCUGUCUGCAGGUCAUCGGUACAGUCCUUCAGCAGCACGUCCUCGAGUUCUACGAGGAGAUCCUGUCUCUGGCCCACAGUCUGACGUCUCAACAGGUGUCUCCACAAAUGUGGCAACUUCUCCCUCUGGUCUACGAGGUCUUCCAACAAGAUGGAUUUGACUAUUUCACAGAUAUGAUGCCGCUGCUCCACAACUACAUCACUGUUGACACGGACACACUGAUGUCUGACACUAAAUACCUUGAAAUUAUCUUCAACAUGUGCAAAAAGAUUUUGACAGGCGAUCCAGGGGAGGACCCAGAAUGCCAUGCAGCCAAGUUGUUAGAGGUCAUCAUUCUGCAGUGCAAAGGUCGCGGUAUCGACCAGGUGGUGCCGUUGUUCGUAACGACCGCACUGGAGCGUUUGACACGCGAAGUGAAGACCAGCGAAUUGAGGACCAUGUGUUUGCAGGUGGCCAUCGCCGGUCUCUAUUAUAGCCCCCCUCUCCUCCUCAACACGCUGGAGAACCUGCGCUUCCCGAACAACACCGAACCCAUCACCAACCAUUUCAUCUCACAGUGGCUCAAAGACAUCGACUGUUUCCUCGGGCUUCAUGACCGCAAGAUGUGCGUGUUGGGACUGUGCGCCCUCAUGGACCUAGAGCAGCGUCCACAAGCUGUCAAUCAAGUAGCGGGUCAGCUCGUCCCCGCGGCCAUUCUUCUGUUUAGCGGCCUGAAGAGAGCCUACGCCUGCAGGGCUGAGCAUGAAAAUGAUGACGACGAUGAAGAUGGAGACGGAGAGGAGGAAGAAGAGAAUGCUGAGUUGGGUAGCGAUGAGGAUGAUAUCGAUGAAGAAGGUCAGGAGUAUUUAGAAAUGCUGGCUAAGCAAGCAGGAGAGGACGGUGACGAUGAAGACUGGGAGGACGAUGAUGCGGAGGAGACGGCUCUCGAGGGCUACACGACUUUAGUAGAUGAUGAAGACAACGUCGUCGAUGAAUACCAGAUCUUCAAAGCCAUAUUACAGAAUCUCCAGGUUCGUGACCCAGCGUGGUACCAGGUGCUCACACAGUGUCUCGAUGAGGAACAAAGAAAACAUCUUCAGGACAUCGCCACACUUGCAGAUCAACGACGAGCAGCACAUGAAUCAAAGAUGAUCGAAAAACACGGAGGAUACAAGUUCACAGCUCCAGUGGUGCCCAACAAUUUCAACUUUGGCGGCAGCGCCCCAGGAAUGAAUUGAGUCCCUUCUUCCCUUUCCCUUUCUAACCGUGACUGACUGUAGUGAAUGGAAACACGCGUGUUGCUCCCUGACGUAGCGGUUCCACAUCUGGUUCUUCUUUCUCACUCUUCAAUCCGACUAUCAAAUUGAACAGCACCAGAAGACGUGGGAAGGCAACCAAACGCAACCAAUGCCUGGGAUAACCAACCGAAAACUUGAACGCUAAGCAAGUGGGGGGAAACGCAGCUCUGAACUAUGCCGUCUCACGGGAUCCGGAAAUAAUAGGGAAUCCGUAACGACGGAUCCCACUCGCAUACUACGGGGGCUAAGGAAAUGAAAUUGAGACGUGUCUUCAAAUCAUUGUCACUGUACGGGUCGAAGGGCCUUUUUUUCAAGAUUAUACCUCUGGCGGUAGUGUGUCAACGUUUUUCUUCAUCGGCGAAACAAAAAUCUAAUCUCAUUGUACAUACUAGGCCAGGCGUGUGAUUUUUAAGUUGCCUGGUGACACACAACAAAAGAGGCAUUUGUAAGGUGUAUUCAAAUGUAGCAUAUUGGAUACUUGUCAUAGCACUCUGUGAUGCCUGAUCUCUGUAAAUUAAUGACUAGCACUUUCAUAUUGUUCAGGUCUCUUAGCCUUCUGUAUCAGACUGCAAAUUUUUUUAACUCUGUUGAAAACUAUUUAAAAAAAACCAAUUGGAACCUUCGUUACCUGAGCGGUGACUCUUCUGUAAGGGUUGGUGUUAAGAGGGCUUCAGUUAAUAGUGUGUGUGGCAAUCGAUUGCUGCUUGUUAUGAUUGUUUUAGGCUCCAACAGAAAAUGCAUUUGGUGUUCGAUUUGGAUAAAGACACUGUUACAAGCACCUGAAGUCGUUGGAUUUAUUCGUCGGAGCAUGAAUCGGAGACGUCUCGAGCAUUUGGUUGAUGUAUGGAUGAACUAUCAAUAUACACAACAUUAAAAAAGGCUUUAAAUCUC